CACUUCGGGUAACCAUUCACGUAGUUUGGUUGCGUCUUGGCGUGUUUAAUGUUGCCAAUAACGAGAGAUUUUUUUUAGGGGGAGGGGGGACGCGAGUACAUAUCGUGCUGCAAUUAGUUCAUUGAAAACUCAGUCGCUCGCGGAGCGGUCAGGCAGAGACUCCUCUCGGCUUCUUUCCCUCCUGCCUAAGGAUCUCCUACGGAGAGCUGCAACAAUGCCCAAAAGAAAGGCUGCAGGCGAUGUGAGCCAGGAGCCAAAAAGAAGAUCAGCUCGACUGUCUGCUAUGCCUGUGCCCUUUACACCGGAGUUGAAACCUAAAAGAGCAUCAACUUCAAGGAAAACCAAAACCACAAAUGUCGUGGAAGAAAACAAAGAGGCAGGUACCAUACCAAUUCCUGAAACCAAGCCAGAAGAUGUUAAAGAAGAAUGCAAUGUGGAAAACACUGAAAAUGGAGAAGCCAAGAUUAUUGAGGUACCCAUUCCUAAAGCUGAGGAAGUAAAAGAACAGAUAAAUGAAGACACUAAAGAAGAUAGAGGAGAAAAGAAAGAAGCAGUGGCAACAGAAAGCAAAGAGGAUGAGAUAGAAGCAAACAUUCAAGAUGUGGAGAAAGACAAAGAUGGAAAAGAGGAUGAAGAUACAGGUGAGAAAGUGGAAGACAGAAAAUCAGAAGAAGAAGGCCUAAAAGAGAAACCAGGUGCAGCCGAAAGUGAAGAUGCAAAGGAGGCCAAAGAAGAUGAAGACAAAGGAGAAGAUGGUGAAGAAGAAGGUGAUGGGAAGAAGGAAGAAGAGAAAGAUGACAAAGAGGGGCACGCUGAAACAGAGGAAGAAGUAAAAGAACAGAACAAGGAAACUGAGGGGGAGGAUGGGAAAUUCAAAGAAGAAGAAAACAAGGAAGAUGGAAAGGAAGAUCUGCAUGAGGAAGAUGGAAAGGAAGGUCAGUGUGAGGAAGAUAGAGAGGAAAAUCAGCAUGAGGAAGAUGGAAAGGAAGAUCUGCAUGAGGAAGAUGGGAAGGAAGGUCAGUGUGGGGAAGAUGGGAAGGAAGAUCUGCAUGAGGAAGAUGGGAAGGAAAAUCUGCAUGAGGAAGAUGGGAAGGAAGAUCUGCAUGAGGAAGAUGGGAAGGAAGGUCAGCGUGGGGAAGAUGGGAAGGAAGAUCUGCAUGAGGAAGAUGGGAAGGAGAAGGGUGAUAAAAAAGAGGAGGAUAGAAAGGAGGAAGAAGAGCAAGAGGUUACUGCAGGUGAAGGGAACGAUGAAAUCAAGAAGGAGGCAGAAGAAGAAGCUGAAAACAAAAACUUCAAACAAGAUGGAGAGAAAGAGGAACCUCUGAGUAUUGUCUAAAACUGCCCUCUGUGAGAUCAUAAUUCAGUAACAUACCUUCCUGUUGUAAUGUUAAUAGAGAUAAAUAUUUUUAUCAGAUAUUUUAUAAACAUUGCUUUUCUUUAGCAUCAUUCAAUCUUGGAUCAUCAUCAUACCAGUUAUUAGUUGCAAAAUGCUUAACAUGACACCUUUAUACAUUUUGUGAUUAUAGUAGUGCAAAAUAUAAAAUGUAUACUUGCAACUUUGUGAAUUUCAUUGUGUGUAAGUUAUGUAUUAAAUCGUUGAGUUUCAAUUUUAUUCUUAUACGUGGUAAUUUUGCAGAGUAGGAGAAUUCCAAAAGAAAGAGUUUGGCACAAUUUUGCUGUAGUUAUCUAGGUUGCUUUUAUAAAGAAGGUCAACUAUUUUCAGGUAAUGCUAAGAGUUAGAAUUGCCAUUACCAAACACAACUGUAUUAGUAACUUGGAGGGAAUACAAAAUUUUAAUUUCAUUUUUGAAGAAAUUUGAAUGUUUAUUUCAGGAGGGCAGUUUUGAGUAUAUGUGAAUGCAUAAAGUUUUGCUGGAUUUAUCAUAAUAAAAGAGUUCCACAAAGAU